GGUUUAAUUCUCGGCGUGAUAUGGGGAUGAGAUGGACCUCAAUUCUUGUACCAUCUGCUGAGAAGCGGAUUUCAGAGGCAAUCGCUGAUGCUCGCUGCUGUCAAGUACUCCGUGCUAAUGAAGUCGAGUUUGAGAUUGUGUCAACUGAGCGGACAAAUAUUGUGAAUAUUCGAAGUCGUGUCUGCUCAUGCCGCCGGUGGCAGCUCUAUGGUUUACCCUGUGCACAUGCUGCAUUGGCGUGAAUGUAAUAUUGUUGUAUGUUUUGGUGAAUUAGAAAUAAGGAUCCGGUCCCUUUUUCUCUUAGUUUUUGGUUCUUGCAGCAUGUUUGU